AUACGCUCAUUACAUCAACUGACGAUCGCCUCGUGGCCUACACCGCGGUGACCGCGGGUGGACAGCGGGUGGCCCACUAGUCGACACCUUAUUUUGUUAUCUGUAGUCGGCACUAAGAGUGACAGCUCUGUCAGUGUCAUUUUCAGCCUUAGUUUCUUCCGAACAAUCAGAAGCAAAUAAAUAGUAAAUACAAAGAAUGAUAAUAAGUAUAGGGAAAAGUAAAUAGUACCUAUAUAUAGGGUAGUCGGACGUAUCAUAUAAAGGAAGACGUAUCCCCAUUCCCUUGAAAAUGAAUACAAAAGAAAAACUCAUCUCAGAAGUACGGAAAUAUAACUUUUUAUACGAUUUAAGUGACUCAAAGUAUUGUGAUAGCGUGAAAAGGGAAGAAGCGUGGAAGGAAAUAAGCAAGACCUUAGCGGUACCAGUAUCUACCUGCAAGAGAACAUGGUUGAAUUUAAGGGAAGCUCAUCGCAGGGCUAUUAAGAAAAAAAAAUCCAAAAGUAUUCAAGGUAUAGUCCCUAAAAAAAAAUGGCGAUAUGAGGAUGAAAUGGAUUUUUUGAAACCCCACUUUAAAGAAAGACGAAGAGUAUCUACACAUCCCAGAGAUAGUGACGAGGAAAGUACUGGCAAUGAAGACUCUCAAAUGUCUGUUCCGGACUGCCAAUCAGAUGCUUCAAUAACAGAAGAUCGUCCCACAUCUGCCUCCUGUAUGUUUAUGCAGAGGCCUGCACACACAUUCACGUCCAAGUUUCCAAAGGAAAAAAAGCCAAGGUUACGUCACAUGGAUGACGGAUCUUCUACAUCGUCAUUGUUAAUGAAAUAUAUUUUAAAGAAAAAAGAAAAGAAAAUCCAGGAAGAUGAUAUUGACAAAUUCUUUUCUGGUAUAGCUGCAACUGUGAAAAAAUUUAAGAAAUACAAUAAAGCGUUGAUAAAGGCCCAAAUUUUUAAUAUAGUUUCAGAAAUGGAACUGCGAGAAAUUAAUGAAAAAGAAAAUAACACAACGGAAUAAAUUCUCUAUUUAUAAA